AUGGAGAAGCUCUCCAUGGCGGCAACCAUGUUCUGCGCCGUGGUCCUUGCGGCUCUCGCAGGGGCGGCCGGCGGUGAGGCGGCGGUAGUGGAACACACCUUUGUCGUGCACGAGAUGAACCAGACGCACCUGUGCAACACGACCAAGAUUUACGUGGUGAACGGGCAGCUCCCAGGCCCCACCAUCGACAUCACCGACGGUGACACGGUUGUCGUCCACGUCAUCAACCGUCUCCCUCACGGGCUCACCAUCCACUGGCACGGCAUCCGGCAGAUGAGGAGCUGCUGGUCCGAUGGCGCCGGCUUCGUCACCGAAUGCCCCAUCCCUCCUGGCGGCGAGCAUGUGUACCGCUUCAACGUCACCGGUCAGGUCGGUACGCUUUGGUGGCACGCCCACGUCACCUGCCUCCGCGCCACCGUGGCUGGCGCCUUCAUCAUCCGCCCCAAGGGCGGAAGGUACCCGUUCCCGACGCCCGCCAAGGACGUGCCCAUCAUCAUCGGCGAGUGGUGGGAGCUUGACCUCGUCGAGCUCGACCGGAGGAUGCAUGACGGUAACUUCGACGACAACCCGCUGUCGGCAACCAUCAACGGUAAGCUGGGCGACCUGAGCAACUGCUCUGGCAAGCCGGAGGAGAGCUUCGUCCUUGACGUGGUGCGUGGAAAGACGUACCUUCUGCGGAUUGUGAACACGGCGCUCUUCUCGGAGUACUACUUCAAGGUUGCUGGGCACACAUUCACGGUAGUGGGCGCCGACGGGUACUACCUGACGCCGUACAAGACGGACAUGGUGACCGUCGCGCCAGGGGAGGCCAUCGACGUGCUCAUGGCCGCUGAUGCCCCGCCUGCGCACUACCAUAUGGUGGCGCUCGCAAAUCAGCCGCCGGAGCCUGACCCACAGAUCCCGGGGUUCGUGUCUCGCGGCCUCGUCCGCUACGCCGGAUCCUCCCACAACAACAACGGGCUGCCGGUGCCGACGCCGCUCAUGCCCAGCCAGCACAACACCAUGCCGUCCUACUACUUCCACAGCAACCUCACCGGCCUCGCCCACCCAGACCGCCACCGCGUUCCCAUGCACGUCGACGAGCGCCUCUUCUUCGCGCUCGGCCUCGGCUCCAUCUGCCGCGGCACCAACAAGACAUGCGAGCGUGGGCGGAGUCCCGAGACCAUCGUGGUGGCCACCAUGAACAACGUGUCCUUCCGCCACCCGACUAAUGCGUCGCUCCUCGAGAGAUACUACGAUGGUCAGACAAGUGGCCUCUACACGGAGGACCUCCCCGACCAUCCGCCGCACCCGUACAACUACACCGACCGCUCCCUCAUCCCGCCGGGGCCGCUGGAGAAGGCACUCGAGCCGACGUUCAAGGCGACCAAGCUACGGAGGUUCCGGUACAACACCUCGGUGGAGAUCAUCUUCCAGAGCACGGCGCUGCUGCAGAGCGACUCCAACCCCAUGCACCUCCAUGGCUACGACUUCUUCGUGCUCGCCACAGGGCUCGGCAACUACAACCCCAAGACGGACCCCGAGAAGUUCAACUACCACAACCCACAGCUGAGGAACACGGUGCAGGUGCCCAGGACCGGCUGGGCCGCCGUGCGCUUCGUCACCGACAACCCCGGGAUGUGGUACCUCCACUGCCACUUUGAGUUCCACAUCAUCAUGGGCAUGGCGACAGCGUUCAUCGUGGAAAACGGGCCAACGCCGGAGACCAGCCUGCCCCCGCCGCCCCCAGAAUUCAAGAGGUGUGGCGCCAAUGGCCUCACUCAGCCAUAG